UACUCAUUCAGCACUUUAUUUCUUCACUGAUUCAUUCAGCAAAAAGAGAAACAUCUGGGAAAAGGUUGCAGCUGCAUCCCAGGGUGGAAAAUGUGUGAGAUGGAGGGAAUCAGAGGAGAGCACGAGCAGAUAGAAAGACCAGAGUCACUCAAAGAGGAAGAAAGAGUGACAAUCAAGAACACCUGGGCAAAGGUGUAUGAGAAUAAAAAAGUGGCAGGAGUUGCUGUGCUCAUCAGAUUCUUUACAAGUUUUCCCGCAUCAAAGCAGUACUUCAGUGAGUUUCAGCACAUGGAGGAUGUGCAGGAAAUGCAGUCGAGCAUGCAGCUGCAGAAACACGCCGUGCGAGUGAUGAAUGCACUCAAUACGCUGGUGGAGAACCUUCAUGAUGGAGAGAAGAUAGCAUCUGUGCUGGAGCUGCUGACUAAAUCACACGCUUACAAACACGAUGUCAAGCCUGUGUACUUUAAAAUCCUGGGUGGAGUCAUUCUAGAAGUGCUGGGGGAGGCUUUCCCAGAAACCUUUGGACCGGAAGCAAAGAGGGCAUGGUCUAAAUUAAUGGACAUGGUUUUCUGGCACAUCACCCGGGUCUACUCUGAGAUCGGCUGGGCUUCCACAGAGUGAGAGAGAGAGAGAGAGACAGAGAGUAUCACUGCUAUACACUCUCCGUCUGGAUAACUGGAAUUGGGUCUGAGGAACUCUGUCUCUGCAGGAAUUAUAUUCAUCACGGAAGAUGUACAACCCCAAUUCCAAAAAAGUUGGGAUGCUGUGUAAACUGUAAAUAAAAACAGACUUUGAUAAUUUGCAAAUCAUGGAAACCUUACGUAUAUUUCAUUGAAAAUAGUACAAAGACAACAUAUCGAAUGUUGAAACUGAGAAAUGUUAUUGUUUUUUGAAAAAUAUGUGCUCAUUUUGAAUUUGAUGUCAGCAACAUGUUUCAAAAAAGUUGGGACAGGGACGUGUUUACCACUGUGUUGCAUCACCUCUACUUUUAACAACACUUUGUAAAGGUUUGGGAGCUGAGGAGACCAAUUGCUGUAGUUUUGAAAGAGAAAUGUCCCAUUCUUGCCUGAUAUACAAUUUGAGUUGCUCAACAGUUCGGGGUCUGCUUUGUCGUAUUUUGUGCUUCAUAAUGUGCCAAAUGUUUUAAAUGGGAGACAGGUCUGGACUGCAGCAGGCCAGUUUAGCAUCUGCACUCUUUUACUAUGGAGCCAUGCAGUUUUAAUAUGCAUAGAAAGCAGUUUGGCAUUGUCUUGCUGAAAGAAGGAAGGCCUUCCCUGAAAAAGAUUUUGUCUGGAUGGCAGCAUAUUGCUCUGAAACGUGUUUAUAUCAUUCAGCAUUAAUGAUGCCUUCCCAGAUGUACAAGCUACCCAUGUCAUGUGCACUAAUGCCCCCUCAUACCAUCACAGAUUCUGGCUUUUGGACACGGUGUCCAUGAUUUCUAAAAUGAAAUUUCUACUUUUGAUUCAUCAGACCUCUGGACAGUUUUCCACUUUGCCUCAGUCCAUCAUAAAAGAGCAUUUAUGAACUGUGAAAACAGUUCAUAAAUGAACUGUUUUCACAGACGAUGGUUUUCUGAAGUGUUCCUGAGCUCAUACAGUGAUUUCCACUACAGACACGUGUCUGCUUUUAAUGCAGUGUCUCCUGAGGGCCUGAAGAUCACAGGCAUCCAAUGUCAGUUUUCAGCCUUGUCUCUUGCAUACAGAGAUUUUUUUUUUCCAGAUAAUUGGGGUUGUAAAAGAGAUGACUUCAAUGUGACAUUAUUACAUUCAUUUUGCCAGAGUGCUGGGACUCUCCUAUAGCUCAGUAGCGUAAAGGAAGAGAAACAACACAUUCCUAUAUUUGCAUUUAUAUUCAAUAUUUACCAAAGACCAGAGAAGAUUAUAUGUCUUUAUAUAAAUGACACACUGUGCAUUAAUAGUUUUUUGGUAUUGGUAUAUGACAUCACAUUUACCAGACACUACAGGUGAACAGGGUCAUCUUUUAAAGAGGACGCAUUAUGAAAAACUCACUUUAGUGCCUCCCAACCCACAAACUCCGAAAUAAGAUACGGAGUCAGUUUCUUUUGGGCUCCUAUUUCAGAAAACAUGAGCUUCAACAAGGCUUCAGAUUCGGCUCCUUUUUCUAUGUCAAAAGUGGAGCUCAUUAGAAUAAUCCUGCCCUCUCAUCUGAAUACUGUAUCUGCACUCAUGGCUUGGGAACUGCCUUUGUGAAUGAAUAUUCAUGAGAAAAGUGCUACCUGAUUGGCAGGUGGAAGAGGGGGUGGAGUCAGCAGUGGCUCAUUAUCAUUUAAAGGAACAGGCUAUUCCUCAAAUCAGCCGUUUUGAACAGGGCUGAGGGUGAGAAGGAGCUGUGGGGUUUUAUCCUUGUGGUAUUUUGACCAAAACAUAUCUCAGACCUCAACAUUAAGACCUCAGGGAACUGUGUCAAAAUGUGGAAAAGUGGUAUAAUACGUCACCUUUAAAUCAUUAGUUAUCACAAUAAACAAAUAUUCCCAAGUGGAUUGCUCAUAUUCUCACAAGUCAUUUUUAAUUUCUUUUGCAAAAAUGUAUGCAUACUUGAAAAAAUAAAAACAUGAACCAAAA